UUUGUGCUGCUAUCCAGUUUUUUUAUUUGUUUUUUCUUUUCUAGAGGAAAAGCAUAAGAGCAUUGACAUAGAGAGCAUCUGCCAGUUGCUGGACCUUGACGUGCAUGUUCAUUUACAGCUUUUAGUACAUAAAAUACAGUUUAUGUGCAUGUUCAGUGUUACCCAGAAAUUUUAGGAAUUUAAUUCAUGUGUUUAACUGUCCAAAUAAAGUUAUGUCACGUGCUUGCAAGGAAACACCCACUAUGACACAGUUAUGGCAUAGUGUCCAGCCUGCAGAUCUGGACACUAUUGAUGGCUCACCUGGUCAAGAAUUUUCUCUUGAAACUGAGCAUGAAAAACUCCUACUUGGGAAACUUGCAUUAGUUGACUUGCAGGGUCUUAACGAUCAAGAGAAGCUUGCUUUUUGGAUCAACACUUUCAAUUUGUGCAUGAUGAAUGUAUGUGAAAUCAUUCUAUGAACAUAUUUCAAUAAACUAUUUAAGAUAUAUUUUGGAUAGUCCUCCAUAUAUCGGGAGUGGUUGGAUUGGUUGGUGCAUUCACUUUAAAUCCUAUGCCAUGUUUGCCGUGUGUUUGGUAUAAAAGAAAGAGCCACUAACUAUAUUCACAAUGCUUCAGGCCUUUCUAGAACAUGGAAUACCAGAGAUCCCUGAGUUGGUGGUUGCACUGAUGCAAAAGCUAGAUGUGUUUUAGCAGGCAGUUUAAUGGGCCUGUAUCUGCUGUGUUUCUGCUACACUGCUGUGAAGGGUUUGAGGAUAGCUGUUGGGAUGAAGCCCAGGGUGAUGUUGUGCAUUGGAGAUGCUUGCUGCCUGUGCAUUUUGAAGGCUACCGAGUGUUUGCCAAAAUCUGUCUGGUUCAAAGGUACUGAAUAGCAUGCUCAGUAGCUGGACAAAUUCCAGGAGCUGAAUGUGAAGAUCAGAAGAUGCAGUAAAGUAGUAUAAAAUGGUUUUAAUCA